UUUUGAUACAGAACUCGAUUUUGUUAGAAUUUGAUGAAUUUAAAUGUUUUAGGAUGGGCCAUGGACUACUGGGAACGUGCGUUGUGGAGAUGCGUAAGUUGAAGAUCUAGGGUUCACCGCCUACUAUUCCAGGCGAGACCACACUUUAAUUUGAUACAGAGCUUGUUGCAGUCAAUGGUAAAGGAACAGGUGCAAAAGAGACCGAUAACAAUGCUCUGUGAUAUGAAGAAACCAAAUCAUUACAUACCUAGCUGCUUAAAACCGAAGAUCAAACCAAUAUAUGGUAUUUGGUACCGUUGAUCGCACCUUUUUUCCCUUCAAGAACUGUUUUCUUAUUUAUCCCUUUCUAAUAACAUUGCCGUUAGCAGUUUAUACAUCUGUGUUGAUUUAUUUGACAAAAACCUAAGAGGACAGUGAUUGAAGAGCAGGAAUGCAGAGAUCUGGGUCCAACUGUCGAUUUUACACCUAUUUUCUGAAGUUGAUAAAAUUCUUGGUUGUAUUGCUUUAUUUUCUUUUGAUUAAGUCUUUUCACAGAGCUUGAUAAAGCAAUAUUUUUGACGAAUUCCACAAGCAUUUGAGAUCGGGAUAUCCGACUGCAAAGAAAGGGCUAGCAUUUGGUGAUUUUGAAAGGUGAGAGAGUAAAGGAAGGCAUUCAUCUAGACUACAUAGCUGCAUUAUGUGAAGGUUAUACUGGCUGGGAUCUUCUAGAGCUCUGCAAGCAAGCUGCUUAUUUUCUCAUCAGAGAUUUAUAGAAGAAGGGGAAGGCAUUACUUGUGAGUCUCUCUCUCUUUCACUCAUAUGCUGUCAUUAAUGGUGGCUAUUUUUAUGGGUUUAAUACUGAAUCUGGCUUACAUUUUUAUGCUUAUUUCACUAAACAAUAAUAAAUUAUGUUGUUACUAUUUAGUAUGUUUAUUGGAAGCUUUGUAACUUUAGUUUAAAUUUGUACAAAGGCACCAAAUAUUACUCAUGUUUCAGAAUUGUUUUGUUUAGUGUUUUGAAAAUUUUCACAAUUAUUAAACAAGAUGAAACUGACCCAGCUGGAACAGAUAUGAAAGGCAAUUAAAAAUAUAUACGUUUUUGAAAAACCCUAGAUGGAGAACCGCCGCCGGACUCCAAUCCCGGAAAACAUUCAACGUCGGAUUACCAAAUUCUUCGUCACCAAUCUCCCGGAAAGAAGUAGUGGUUCUGAUUUGGCUGCUGAAGUUCGUGUGCACGGACAUAUUUUCGAUCUUUAUAUUGCAAGAAAGAGGGAUAAAGGAGGUAACAGAUUUGGUUUUAUUUCGAUGCUUGAUGUUAAAGACAAGGACGAUCUAUUGAAGAACCUUCGUAACAUUCGCAUGGGGGAUUAUAAACUGUGGUUUAGUGUCGCUCGGUUUGUUAUGGAAGACGGAGAGAUUAGUAAUAAAGAUCCGGUAAAAAAGAAACAGGUUCCUAAUAUUACUAACAAUCGUCAGGCCUUUGAAGAUAACAGGAAUGGUGGUGCAUCAUCGUUUAGUACAGGUGAACGUUCUUUUAAAGAUAUGCUUGUUGGUAAAUCGAUCAAUAUUGAUAGUAAUGUCAACGCGUUUUAUGGGGUGCAUGGGAGAGCUGUAAUUGCAAGAAUGGUUGAUGUUAACGCUUUGAAGAACAUUAAGGUUACAGUUAGUGAGAUUUGCCCGUUUCUAGAAAAAAUUCAAUAUUUGGGAGGUUUAGAUGUAAUGCUAACUUUUGAUAUUCCGGAGAACGCUGCUGUGUUUCGAGAUGUUGCUGUUUUGAUGGUUGACAAGUUUUCUAUGGUUAGUAUAUGGGAAGGACAAGCUUUUGGGUUUGAGAGGUUAGCAUGGCUUAAAGUUCAAGGAAUUCCGUUACGUUUAUUAAUGAACGAAGUCAUUGAUGAGGUUGGAAGUUUAUUCGGUAAGGUGGUUCAUCAUGCUGAUAGAUCUGAAUCGGACCUUGAUUUAUCCUAUGAAUAUGUUGGAAUUUUGUUGGGCGAUGGGAAAACGGUGUCGGAGGAUAUUGUUUUGAAUUGGAAGGAUAGGAAAUUUCGCGUGUGGGUUAUGGAGGAAUUAGGCGAAUGGAUCCCGGAUUUUGUGGAAAUCAAUUCACCACAUAAUUGUGAAAAUAAACAAGAUGGCUCAGGGCAUGUAUCUGAUGGGUCGAUGUCCGAGGAGGAUUGCAAUUCGAGUGACAAUGAUUCGGAAAAUGAUGAUGAGAAUGUUAAUGUGGAAAAUAAUCAUUGUGAUACUAAGGAUUUGAAUGACAACAAUGUUUCCAUCGAGGCUGAAAACACCGAACACUUUGUGCCUGCUGUGUCAUUUCAGUUUGAACAAGUUAUUGAAGGUAGUGUUAGUAUCCAGUCGGUUGAGAACAAAGUUACCAAGAGGAAAAAAUUCAAAAAAGGAAGUGAAGUGGGCGCCCAAGUAAUUCGUACUCUAGUAGCCAGGAAAGUUUGAAGAUUGUUAAACGCCCCAAACGAUCAGACCCUUUCGAACUUAACGGUCUCUUGGGAUUGGAGGAUGAAGAAGAUUUGGAUGCUAGUGGCGAAGAGAUUAAUGAGACUGAGGAGAACCAGGAGGUUUUUGAUUAGAAUGUUCAUCCAAAGUCCACAAGUGCUGUUGAUGAUUCUUUAGUGAAUGAUAAAGAUGUUCCUUGUGAUCAUUCAUUAGAGAUUGAAGCUACGAAAGACAUGGGGGAGAAGCUUGGAGCCGUCCUUCACAAUUGCGAUAACCUUAUACAACAAUUGAUUGUUCAAGAAGGUUUACUAACUGUUAAGGCAUGAAUUGUUUAUCAAUCAAUAUUCGGGGGACUGGGGUUAGUGGGAAGGCGUCUUGGAUUAAAAGACUAAAAAAUGAAUUCGGUGUGUCAUUUAUCGGUAUGCAAGAAACUAUGUCGACUAAUGUACAAUCGGGGAUGUUGGCUAAUUUUUGGGGAGGUAUGGGGUUUGACUAUGAGUUUGUUAAUUCUAAUGGUCACUCGGGUGGUUUAGCAUGUAUGUGGGAUCCCAAGACAUAUGUGAAAGACAUGGUAGCAAAAGAUGAUAAUUAUCUUCAUGUUUCGGGUUUGCUGACGGAUGGUUCUAUUCGUCUUAAUAUUAUUAAUGUUUAUGCUCCUCAACACAAUCAAGAUAAGAGAAAUCUGUGGGCAAAAAUUGUGCAACUUAUGCAAUCGGGUCAAGGUUGGUGGUUGGUUUUUGGCGAUUUCAAUGCAGUUCGAAAUAUGGGAGAAAGAAAAAAUUCAAAGUUCGAUACAGUUUGUGCUAGGGAUUUUAACAAUUUUAUUGAUGAGGCGAGCCUUCGAGAAUAUAAUUUGAAAGGUAUGAAGUAUACUUAUAUGACGGAUAGAGGGGCAAGUGUAAGAUGAGUAGAAUUGAUCGGAUGCUCGUUUGUUGCAAUGUUUUUAAUAAAUGGCCAAAUGCUUGUGUUCGCGCUCUAAAUAGAGAAUUAUCAGAUCACUCGCCCCUAAUUCUGUCACUCGUUGAUACCAAUUUUGGACCAAACCCGUUUUGUUGUUUUGAUUCUUGGCUUGAUAGACCGGGCUGCGUUGAGAUUAUUACUUUGGUUUUAACUGGAAAUAAUAUGGAGGGUCCUUCGGAUCUCAAUCUUAAUAAUAAACUAAAGAUGUUGCGUAACAGAUUAAAAGUGUGGUAUAAAGCAUGUAAAUGCAAUGAAGAGGAAGAGGAAAAAAGACUUCGUAAAGAAAGAGAUGAGAUCGAGAGGCUAAUGGAACAGAAAGAUUUAGAGGAGUCUGAAUUAUGGGUGUGGUCCGAGUGCAAAAAGAGUCUUGAAGAGAUUGAGCUGUUUAGAUCUCGUGACAUUCGUCAAAAAUCUCGGGUGAAAUGGGCGGCUCUUGGGGAUGAAAAUACAGGUUUCUUCCAUAGUACGGUGAAUGGUAGAAAGGCCAGGAACGCUAUUCCGGGCCUCCAAGUGAACGGGGAGUGGGUUUCUAAACCGACUUUGGUUAAGAAGGAGGUGUUACGAUUUUUUAGAGCUCACUUUAAAGAGGAAUGUUGUUUUCGGCCGACUUUAUUAUGCUCAGGUAGUAACAGUAUUAUGGAUCGGGAUUGUGAUUUUUUAACCGCGGCUUUUUCUAAACAAGAGAUUAAAGAUGCGGUUUUUGAUUGUGGUCCGAAUAAGGCCCCGGGACUUGAUGGUUUCAACUUCCGUUUUGUUAAACGGUAUUGGAAUCUUUUAGAGGAUGAUUUUUUUCGGAUUUUGGUGGAGUUCCGUGCGACAGGUAUUAUUAAUACAGGUUGUGGCUCAUCUUUUAUUACUUUGAUCCCGAAGGUUAAAAAGCCUUUGGGUCUCAAAGAUUAUCGGCCCGUUACACUUAUUGGGAUGAUUAGUAAGGUUAUUUCUAAAAUCCUUGCUAACUGUCUUAAGAAGGUGUUACGGAACGUGAUAUCCGAGUCUCAAUCGGCUUUCUUGUCAGAUCGUUUUAUUCUUGAUGGUCCUCUCGUGGUUAGUGAAUUAAUGGAGUGGUUGAAAAAACGGAAUAGAAAGGCAUUUCUCUUAAAAAUAGAUUUCGAGAAGGUGUAUGACAAUGUUAAUUGGAAUUUUUUGAUAUCUAUUAUGGAGCAAAUGGGUUUUCCAUCGACGUGGUGCGACUGGAUUAAAGGUAUUCUUAUAUCCUCGUGGGCCGCAGUUUAUAUCCUCGUGGGCCGCAGUUUUAGUGAAUGACUCUCCGACGUUUGAAUUUAAAAUUGAAAAAGGUCUCCGUCAAGGAGAUCCACUUUCGCCUUUUUUAUUCUUGAUUGUCAUGGAAGCUUUAUCUUGGAUGUUGAAAAAAGCUAAGGCGAUUGGUGAGUUGAAGGGCAUUAAUUUUAUGGAUGAUGAAGCCGACAUUACCCACCUUUUCUACGCGGACGACACUCUUAUUUUAGGAGAGUGGUCUCGCGAGAAUCUUCAGAGCACUGCCCAGAUUCUUCGUGUUUUUUACUUAUGCUCGGGUCUCAGGAUUAACCUUCACAAGUCUAACUUGUAUGGAGUUGGUACCCAAGACAAUGAAGUUGAUAACAUGAUGGAGGUGUUGGGGUGUAGACGAGGUGCUUUUCCGUUUGUUUAUCUAGGGAUUAAAGUGGAAGCUAAAAUGUCUCGUAUAAAUAAUUGGAACACGGUGAUUGAUGUUGUUAAGUCUCGGCUUGUGUCAUGGAAAGCGAAAACUUUAUCUAUAGGGGGUCGAUUGAUUCUUAUAAAAUCGGUUCUUGAAAACUUACCGAUUUAUUAUUUUUCUCUCUAUAAAGCCCCAGUUGUGGUUAUUGAUAGUAUCGAAGCUAUUAUGAGACGUUUUUUAUGGGUGGGGUCUAACGAAGAAAAAAAGAUACCUUGGGUGGCUUGGGAUGUGAUAACAAGACCGAAGGAUGAGGGUGGAUUAGGUGUGAAUAAACUUCAAGAUAUUAACGACGCUCUUCUUCUUAAAUGGGCGUGGCGGUUCAAAAAAGAGAGUAAUUGUUUGUGGAAAAGGGUAGUGAUGGGCUGUCAGGGUUCAAGUCGGCCGUGGUCCAUGCUUCGAUGUUCUUUAUCGGCUAGUGGAUGCUGGAAACAAAUCGUCAAAAUAGGGGACAGGAAGUUGUGUGAUGGUAAAACUCUAAAUAGUUUUUUUGUAGGUACAGUUGGCGAAGGGUCUUCGAUUCACUUCUGGGGAGAUACUUGGCUACGUGAAGAACCUUUACGCUUAACUUACCCAAUGUUGUUUAAUUUGGAAAAGAAGAAGUGGGCCAUGGUCGACGAUCGGAUUCAACUUGUAAAUGGGUCGAAAAAUCUGAACUGGGAAUGGAAAAGAAGCCCUUCAACAUAUGAGGAGGUUAAUGAGUUGUUUCAAUUAUUAUCGGACAUCCAUGAUUAUCAACCGAGCUUGGGACAUGAUCGCUGGUGUUGGAAAGGAGAUAAAAAUGGAGUGUAUACCGUGCAUAAGGCAAAGAAGAUGAUUGCUGAAAAUAGGACACAGGUGCCGAUGAACUCGAGUAUGAAAUGGAAGUGUUUGACGCCAUUGAAGUGCAAAAUUUUGGUGUGGAGGGCAGACAUUAAUCGGAUCCCAACACAGGCGGAACUUCUUAAAUGUGGGGUUGCUUUUAAUGAUGGAUCGUGUGCCAUAUGUAAUGAGGAUUUGGAAACUAUGACGCAUUUGUUCACAGGUUGUGUGUUCUCGGAUGAAAUUUGGGCGCGAGUGGGAUCUUGGUGUCGUUUAAGUCCCAUCUAUGCUUUUGAAGUGAAAGAUCUUUUGAAGAUGGCGGGUACUCAAACGAAGACGAAGAAGGAGAAAUACAUUCUUAGAGGCAUUAUCUACACCACAAUGUGGUCGAUAUGGAAUGAACGUAAUGCUAGAAUUUUCAAAGGCAACUCUCGUAAACUAAUCAAGGUGGUGGAAAUUGUCAAAUCUGCGGCGUUUUUGUGGUUCGUCAUAGGUCUAGUUUGAAAGGUAUUGAUUAGAAUGUUUGGUGUAAAUAUCCUAUAGACGUGAUGUAAUGUCGUUUUCCGCUUGUGGCUUUGUGCGUGUAUGAAGUUUUCCUUUCAAAAAAAAAAAAAA